AUGGCUAUCGACGAUGUGCAACCCGAGAGCAAAUCCGUUGUUGCCGAGGUUCUAGAGCCUACCGGCUCCCAUACCGCCGAUCCCUCGCGUGAGGUCUCGAGGAAGCGGCAGAGCUUGUCGGAUCUGUUUACUAUUUUCGCAAGUGGCUUUGCCCUGAUCAGCGAUGGAUACCAGAACAAUCUGAUGACUAUGGCAAAUGUCCUUCUCAAGAAAGAAUAUCCCAAGGAAUAUACCUCGACUGUCAGUACGCGCGUGUCCAACGCCCUGCUCGUGGGCGAAAUCAUCGGUCAGAUUGUCAUCGGUAUAACAUGUGACUAUCUUGGUCGCAAGACUGCCAUCGUGUUCACCACUGCUAUGAUUGUCGUUGGGGGCAUCCUUGCUACUGCAUCUCAUGGAGUUACCAUUAACGGCAUGUUCUGGAUGAUGACAGUCGCCCGUGGCGUUGUUGGAUUCGGUACUGGCGGCGAGUAUCCAGCAUCUUCGACCUCGGCUUCUGAAUCAGCCAACGAGCUGACACCCAAGCAUCGCGGGCCGGCAUUCAUCAUGGUGACUAACUUCCCUCUCAGCUUCGGUGGACCAUUUGCGGUAUCAAUCUUCUUGAUCGUUCUGAUGGCGUGCCAUGAAUCACACUACAGUACUGUAUGGCGAGUAUGCUUCGGUAUCGGAUGUAUCUGGCCACUGUCCGUCUUCUACUUCCGCAUCCGCAUGCUAAAUUCGACUUUAUAUCGCCGCGGAGCGAUCAAGAAACAUGUCCCUUAUCUGCUUGUUCUUCGCUAUUACUGGAAAGCUCUCAUUGGAACAUGCGGUGCUUGGUUUCUUUAUGACUUCGUGACCUUCCCAAACGGUGUAUUCUCUGGAACUAUCAUCUCAGAGGCUACAAAGGCUGGUUCUGUUCGCUCAACAGGCGAAUGGCAGCUCCUUCUUGGGGCAAUCGCUCUGCCAGGCGUCUUCCUCGGUGCGUUCCUCUGCAACCGAGUCGGGCGCAAAAACAUCAUGAUGAUCGGCUUCGGCGGCUACUUGAUAUUUGGCCUGAUUAUUGGAAGCUCAUAUGACAAGAUCACAAAGAUAAUUCCGCUCUUCGUCGUCUUCUACGGGCUCAUGCAAAGUUGCGGCAACUUUGGUCCAGGGAAUAUGCUUGGCCUUUUGUCAUCUGAGGCGUAUGCCACUGGCGUGCGCGGUACAUGCUACGGACUCUCAGCGGCUAUUGGCAAGACAGGUGCAGCGAUCGGAACGCAGGCCUUCCAGCCCAUCGCGACCCAUCUUGGCAAAAGAUGGACGUUUAUCAUUGCAGCGAUCUGUGGUAUCGUGGGGAUCUUAGUGACCUAUUUCUUCGUACCGGAUCUCUCGGGCGAGGAUCUGAGAAUACGCGAUGAGCAGUUUCGAGUGUAUCUUGUGGCGAAUGGAUGGGACGAAGCCAUGGGAGAGGAUGACCUGCAGGCGAAUGCGGAUGAUGGUGUCACGAUCGCCGACACAGCCCAAAAGAAAGAUGGUGAUGGUGGUGAAUGA